UCUGUUUUUACAUCGCCGCCGUCAGUUGUGCUUUCAAGUUUGUUUUACACAUUCUGGCGCACAUACGCACCACACAUGUGCAUGCACGCGUAAAUGUACACACCGGGCUCCGGGGCUUGCACACGUGUGCACUGGGACAUAGAAAUCUGCACGCUGUCAAGUAGAACUGACCCACAGAGGACGCAGGAUGAGCAGCUCUGACCGGACCGAGGAGAGCCGAGGCUGCAGUCGUGUCCAUGCGUUCAGGCGUCCCACCAUGCUCAUCGCCACCAUGCAUCUGAGCCUCCUCUUGCUGGGUGCAGCUCUCUGUGCGUUCGGGCAGGAGCUCCCGUCGAGUCCUCACGGCUGCACCGAGGGGAGCUGUUACCCCGCCACAGGAAACCUUCUGAUUGGACGGGCCAUCAACCUAACCACCACGUCCACGUGUGGCCUGCUCGGACCAGAGUAUUACUGCAUUGUUAGCCACCUGCAGGAGUCCGACAAGUGUUUCGAGUGCAACUCCCGGCACCGCUACGACCCUCACCACCACAGAGCCAGCCACCGCAUCGAAAACGUGAUCUACCUCACGGACCGCAAUGGAGACCGCACGUGGUGGCAGUCUGUCAACGGGGAAGAGAGUGUCAGCAUUAGACUGAACCUGGAGGCUGAAUUCCACUUCACACAUCUCAUCAUGAAGUUCAAGACGUUCCGACCCGCAGCUAUGAUCAUCGAGCGUUCGGCUGACUUUGGCCGCUCGUGGCGCCCUUACCGCUACUUUGCCUCAAACUGUACCAGGACCUUCCCCGGCGUCCCCUCCAACGGCCUGCACCACAUCAACGACGUCAUCUGUGAGGAACGCUACUCCAACACUGAGCCCUCCACUAACGGAGAGGUCAUUUAUAAAGUCUUGGAUCCUGCCAUCCAUGUGAGAGACCCCUACAGCUUGGACAUUCAAGAACUCCUGCGCAUCACCAACCUGCGCAUCAACUUCACCAAACUGAACACGCUGGGCGACGACCUGCUGGACCGACGCUCCGACGUCCUGCAGAAAUAUUACUACGCCCUCUACGAGCUGGUGGUCAGAGGCAGCUGCUUCUGUUAUGGACACGCCUCAGAGUGUUCCCCGGUGCCAGGGAUCCAAGCCCGGGAGAGCGGCAUGAUCCACGGUCGCUGCGUGUGCAAACACAACACAGAGGGUCUGAACUGCGAGCGCUGCCAGGACUUCCACCACGACCAGCCAUGGAGACCAGCGGAGGCGGAGAACCCUCACACAUGCAAAGAGUGUAACUGUAAUGGCCACUCGAACCGGUGUCACUUUGACAUGGCGGUGUAUUUGGCCACGGGCAACGCUAGCGGAGGAGUUUGUGACUUCUGUCUGCACAACACUAUGGGACGCAACUGUGAGAUGUGUACGCCGUUCUACUACCAGGACCCCAACAGGGACAUCAGGGACCCGAGCGUCUGCGUCGCCUGUGACUGCGACCCCGUGGGAUCGUUGGAGGGAGGGGUGUGCGACAGCCACACUGACCCCGAGAUGGGGAUGAUCGCAGGGCAGUGUCGCUGCAAAAGCAACGUGAAGGGCGUCCGCUGCGAUGACUGCAAGGCCGGUUACUACGGACUCAGCCAGAACGACCCGCUGGGUUGCCAACCUUGCAACUGUGACCCUCGGGGCGUCAUCAUGAUGGAAGCUCCCUGUGAUCAGAUCAGCGGCGACUGCUCCUGCAAAAGAUACGUCACCGGUCGAUACUGCAACCAGUGUCUGCCUGAAUACUGGGGCCUGAGUAACGACCUGGCCGGCUGCAGACCGUGUGACUGUGACUUUGGCGGAGCCUUUAACAACAGGUGCAUGAUGGACAACGGUCAGUGCGACUGCAGGAAGCAUCUGACUGGCCGACAGUGUUCAGACGUGCAGCCCGGUUACUUCUGCGCCCCACUGGACUAUUACAAAUACGAGGCCGAGGACGCGACUGGACACUCACCUAGUGACCCUCCACUGCCGGGCCAAAUCCGUCCGCAGGCGACAAACGACUGCGUUCAGCAACUCAGCAACCAGCUGAGGAGGCACCGGCGUCACCGUCGCAUCACCAAGUCGCAGCAGCACCAGGCGGCGCUGAGACGCAUCCGCCAGCUUCAACAAACACCGGAUGUGAGGACUGUUCUUAGGGAGCCCACUCCCAGCCACAUGGUGACCUGGACAGGACCUGGUUUUGCCCGAGUCAAAGAUGGCGCCGGCCUGGUGUUCACCAUCGACAACAUCCCCUACGCCAUGGAGUACGACAUCAUGAUCCGCUACGAGCCCGAGUCCACUGAAGACUGGGAGGCUGUGGUUAGCGUCACCUCUCAAGACCUGCCCUCCAGUCACCGGUGUGGAAACCUCCUGCCCACUGAGCAGCUCUACACCGUUACCCUGCCGCACCACAACAGAUACAUCCAGAUGCCCAGACCCUUUUGUUUCGAGCCAAGCAACCGCUACGUGAUUGCAAUCAGGUUCCAGCGCCACGGGGUGACGCACAGGCAUCUCACCGCCUUCAUCCUCGUUGACUCGCUGGUACUGAUCCCAAAAUAUGCCGAGCUUCCCGGUUUCCAAGGUAACGAGCCAGAGGCAGAGCAGCGGCGGGACGAGAUGACUCGCUACAUGUGUCUGGAUUCCUUUAUGAUCACGCCGAUGCCCGCCUUGGCCGAGAUGUGCUCCAAGCUCAUCUGCAGUAUUUCGUCCAUCAUUCAUGACGGCGCCCUGCCGUGCCAGUGUGACCCUCAGGGGUCUCUCAGUGGUGAGUGUGAUAAAGUCGGAGGCCAGUGCCACUGCAAGCCGAACGUGAUGGGGCGACGCUGUGACCAGUGCGCUCCAGGGAGCUUCGGCUUUGGAGCGUAUGGAUGCACUGUCUGCGACUGCCACUCGGAGGGUUCAACGAGCCAUCAGUGCGACCCAGUCACAGGCCAAUGCCAGUGUAGACAAGGAGCCACCGGGCGCCAGUGCUCUGACUGCCAACCGGGCCAGUGGGGCUUCCCCAGCUGCAGCCCCUGUCAGUGUAACGGCCACGCAGACAUCUGUGACCCCCGCACAGGGGAAUGCAGAGACUGCAGGGACUACACGGCGGGACACCUCUGUGAACGCUGUGUGGAUGGGUUCUAUGGAAACGCAGUGCUCGGCUCGGGGGAGCACUGUCGCCCCUGUUCCUGCCCCGGUAACCCUGGCACCGAUCACUUUAACGGCCACUCCUGUCAGCCUGACCCUUACUCCAAUCAGAUCACCUGUAACUGCAGACAGGGCUACACCGGCCCGCGGUGUGACCAGUGUGCCCCGGGUUACUAUGGCAACCCCGAGCAGCCCGGCGGCCGGUGCCUCCCGUGCGAGUGCAACGGCAACAUCGACACCCAGGAUCCAGGGGCAUGUGACCCCAGGACGGGAGAGUGCCUCCGGUGCCUGUACCACACGGACGGGCCGUCCUGCGCUCACUGUCAGCUCGGUUACUACGGCAACGCCUUGGUCCAGGACUGCAGACGUUGUACCUGUGUGACCGCUGGCACCGUCCAGUCAGCCUGCAGCAAUGGAGAGUGCUACUGUGACCGGCAGACUGGAGAGUGUCCCUGCAGGGAGAACGUGGACGGACACAACUGUGACCAGUGUGCCCCGAACUACUGGAACUACGGUCAGGACGGAGGGUGUGAGCCGUGCAGCUGUAACCUGGAACACGCCCUGGGGACUCACUGCAACAUGUUCACAGGCCAGUGUCACUGUCGUCCCGGCUUUGGAGGUAAACGGUGCACUGAGUGUGAGCAGUUCCACUGGGGAGACCCACGAGAGCGAUGCCAAGAGUGUAACUGCCACCCUCAGGGCUCAGAGGUGGCCCAGUGCGACAGGGUGACGGGGGCGUGCCAGUGCCGCGAGGGCUCGGCGGGGACGCGGUGCGACGAAUGCGCCCGCGGCUUCACCGGCGACUUCCCCAGAUGCGUCCAGUGUCACCCGUGCUUCCAGCUGUGGGACGACGCGGUGUGCCAGAUCAAGAGGGACCUGGAACACAUUCAGAACGCCGUGGAGAAGAUCAAGGAGAGCGGCAUCACGCCGGGAGUGGGAGACGGACGCCUCAAAGAGCUGGAGGACAAGCUGAAGAGGGUCAAGGAUCUCAUCAGUGAAGAGGACCGAGACAGGAUCCACCAGCUGAUUGGACAGAGCAUCGAUGACCUCAGGGCCGAGAUCGCGCUCACAGACGGGCGUCUGAUGGGCAUCGGCCGAGAGAUUAACUCCACGGCAAAAGAGGAAGAGGAACUGAAGCGCACGCUGACCGACUUAGAGAAAGACCUGAGGGACAUCAACUCUACUGUGGCUCGUGAAAAGAAACUUCUGGAAGACUACCUCACCUCGGGAUUCUCAGAUCAGUUUGAGAAGGUGAAGAAGUACUACCAGGAGUCUAAGGAGGCCGAGGAGAAAUGCAACGCCUCAGUGUCCGGCCCUCUCAGCCCCGUGGAGAAGUCCAAAGCGACCCGAGCUCUCGCGGAGGAGCUGCUGAACGAAACCAAAGACAAGCUGCUCGGUGAUCUGGCUGCUAAGAACGAAACCUUGAAGCAGCUGCAGGAGAAAAGCAACGACCUCGAUAGGGUAGUUAAUCACCUCAGUGACAAGGUCUGUGGCGGUCACAGCAACGCCAGCGCCAACGGCAGUUGCCCCGACAGCCCGUGCGGCGGCGCCGGUUGCCGAGACGACCAGGGUAACCUCGUGUGCGGCGGUGACGGAUGCAGCGGGACAACGAGCACGGCGCUAAAGGCGCUGAACGACGCCAAGAACGCCACAGCCAGUCUGAGCGCCGCCAAGGAGGAGCUGCUGAGCGCCUCCAAGAAGCUCCAGGACAUAGCCGUUCUAACUCAGGGCGUGAAGAAGCAGGCGAUGAGCUCGCUGGAGAAAGCCCAGAAGAACAAGGAUAAUUUUGAAAGUAACAACAAGAAGCUGAAGGACUUCAUUAAGACGAUCAAGGACUUCCUCACUGAGGAGGGAGCGGAUCCAGAGAGCAUAGAGAAGGUGGCUCAGCAGGUCUUGUCCAUCACGCUGCCGUUCAACAGGACCACUCUGGACAAACUGAUCAUGCAGAUCAAGGACAGCCUGGCCAACCUCACCAACGUCGAGGGAUUCGUCAAUGAAACGUCACAGCGCAUGAACGAAGUCAAGAAGCUGUUAGACAAAGCUAAAGAGGCCAAGACCCGGGCAGAAGGAGUGAAGGACAUCGUCAACAGCACCAAGGAGGCGCUUGAUGUUUCUGAAAAGGCCAUAGAGAAGGCGAAGGCCGGCCUGAGGGAGGCCGGCGAAAACCUGAACAACACCAGAAACGCUACCGAUGAGGUCAGAGAGAGGCUGUCGCAGCUGGAGGACAGGCAGAUGGAUGUCAUGAUGCGUCUGCAGGACCUCUCCGCGGGUGUGGAAGCUCUGAAGAACAAGACGGAGCUCAACAGAGAGAUGGCGAGAGAAGCAGCGGCCCUGGCCAACAACGCCACGAACCAAGCAUCCUCCCUGGAGAAGAGCUUCAACGACACGGAGAAGCAGUACCUUGAGCUGCGGAAGAAGGUGGACUCCCUCGGCGGGGGAGACCUGAGCGAGAUCCAUAAGAGGGCCAACGAUAUGAAGAAGGAAGCAGAGGGCCUCUUCAAGAAGGCGAAGGACGGGAUCGACGAGCUCGACAGGCUGCAGAAAAGGUUCCACGGCAACGAGGAGAACAUGGCCAGGCAACGCAUGGAGCUGGACGAGCUGAGAGAAAACGUCACCUCGGUGCGCAACUUCAUCCAGGAGCAAGUGAAAAAGUACAGUAACUGCGUGUGAUGACGUCUAUGCUCCCUGUGUAUCCUUCGCUGCUGUAUCAAGAGGAGACUUAGGACUGAAACAGAAAAAAAACUACACAUCACUCUUCAAGAAAAUAGAUUAAAAAAAAUAAAACUGCUGCUCUGGAGGUUGCUCCUCUUCUACUGACAUUUCAAGUUUACCUGUCAAAGUGUUGCCUUCCAUUAUCCAUGUACUGUACCGUAUUUUACUCCUAGAUAUCGAAGCAAGUGUCGCAAGUGGAGAGUAUUUGUUUCAUUGUUGAUAAAUAUUACACCAGGUAUUGUAUCCGAAUAUGUUAUCAGAAAGUUGACCAAAAGAUUUUAGUGUUUCACAUUCCUAUUAAGAAAUUUGUAAAAUCCUUUGAUUUUUUUGAAAAUGAAAUUUUGUAUGUUAUUACAAUGAAAUAAAUGCAAAUGUAUUCUUAUAAGCAAAGCUCAGUGCGAGGUGUGACGAUGGAGAAAUAAAUAAAUUUGAUCUGGUUUAUGUAAUUUCA